UACCUGCAACACAUCUCUAGUUCUCCACGCCUCACCCACCCAGCACCAGCCGCACCGCAACCCUAGCCGCCGCCGGAGCAGGCCGCGACGCCGUCCACGGAGAGCACGCCGCGAGGACGCCCACGAAGAGCAGACGGCACGCCGCGACGCCGUGACGGAGCACACAGCCAGGGCGCUACCGACGCCGCCGGAGCCAGCCGCGGGGCCCACCGGACGUCCGCGGAGCCCUGCGUCAGGGGCUCGGCCGCUCGGGGCCUGCAGAAGGCAGAGUAGGCUGGGAGCGCGCCGGCUCAUCGGCUCCAGUUCAGAGCGAGCUUCAGCUUGCACCGAUCAACAAUGGGAAUGGAGUAUGAUGCUUCAUCCACGACGGCGUCUUCCAUGUUCCUGCCUUUCCUUGCGAUGUUCGGGGCCAUCUAUCUCCUCGGCUACUUCGUGGUCUUCCGGCGCUGGAGCCUGCAGCAGCGGCCGGACGCGUCGAGCUGCCUCACCUCGCUCUUCCACGGCACGCCGGCGAUGCUGCUGGCUCUGCGCGCCGUGCUGUCCAGCCCAGGGGCCGGCGACCUCGCGGCGCCCAACGGGCCCGCUGACGACCUUGUCCUUGACUUCAGCACGGCCUACUUCACCGUCGACCUCCUCCACUACCUCGUCUUCCUCCCCCACGAGGUGCUCUUCGUGGCGCACCACCUCGCCACGCUCUACGUCUUUGCCACCUGCCGCGCCGCCGUGCGUCGCGGCGCCUACGGGUUGCUCGCCCUGGAGGUGCUCGCCGAGGCCACCAGCCUGGCGCAGAACCUGUGGACGCUGGCCGGCAUGCGGCGCGCCGACUCGCCGCUGGCCGCCAGGGCGCACGCCGCGCUGUCGCUCCCGUUCUACGCGGCUUACACGGCCAUGAGGGCGGUCCUCGGGCCGGUCUGGUUCGUGAGGAUGGUGAAAUUCUACGCCGCCGGAGCCGGUGACGGUGCUGUGCCGACGUGGGCGUGGGCGUCAUGGAGCCUGGUGAUUGGGUCCGCGAUACUGGUGAGCGUGCUGUGGGUGGGCAACCUGUGGUUCGCCUACUUCAGACAAAGGAUGGGGAGCAGCAAGAAGGAACAAUGAUGCGCUCCUUAAUUUUAAUAAUUUUCUCAUAGGGUGUUUGAUUUGCUGAAAUGUUAAAAAAUUGAUGUAAGAUUUUAAGAUUUAACGUCAUAAUUCUCAUGUGAAAA